AAUAAUAAUAAUAACACACAAUCUCUAUUCAAAAUCAAAUAAAAUCCACGUGUUUGAGUUGAGUUUCAUCGAAUAAUAAUUUCAGAUCUCGUCGAUCUUGAGCUUCAACAAUGGCGAAACCAAGGUACUCUCGUCUUCCACCUCGCAAGUCAUCGUCGUCUUCCACGCUGAUUCUGACUCUCUUCCUGGUCUUCACCUUCCUCGUUCUCAUUCUCCUCGCUCUCGGCAUCCUCUCCAUUCCCAGCUCCUCGCGCGGCAAUUUGCCCAAACCUAACGAUCUCGCAUCCAUCGCUCGCAACACAAUCGAGACUUCCGACAGUGACGAGAGGGGGGAGCAGUGGGUUGAAGUAGUGUCGUGGGAGCCCAGAGCCUUUGUUUAUCACAAUUUUCUGACGAAGGAGGAAUGCGAAUAUCUAAUUGACAUAGCAAAGCCAAGUAUGCAUAAGUCAACAGUUGUCGAUAGUGAAACUGGAAAGAGUAAAGACAGCAGAGUGCGUACAAGCUCUGGAACUUUUCUGGCCAGAGGUCGUGAUAAGAUUGUCAGGAAUAUUGAGAAAAAAAUUUCUGACUUUACUUUCAUUCCUGUUGAGCAUGGUGAAGGACUUCAAGUUCUGCACUAUGAAGUUGGACAAAAGUAUGAGCCUCACUAUGACUACUUUCUUGAUGAUUUUAACACUAAGAAUGGGGGUCAGCGUAUAGCAACAGUGCUGAUGUACCUUACUGAUGUUGAAGAAGGGGGUGAGACAGUGUUUCCAGCUGCCAAAGGGAAUUUUAGUUCUGUGCCAUGGUGGAAUGAGCUUUCUGAGUGUGGAAAAAAAGGACUUUCGAUUAAACCAAAGAGGGGUGAUGCUCUACUUUUUUGGAGUAUGAAGCCAGAUGCAAGUUUAGAUCCAUCAAGCUUACAUGGUGGUUGUCCAGUGAUCAAGGGUAAUAAAUGGUCAAGUACCAAAUGGAUGCGUGUCAGCGAAUACAAUGCUUGAAUAUACAUUACUAUAGGCUUGUCUGAAUUCAGCAUGCCAAUGGUGUACUAUUUGAGUCUCAGCUAAAAAUUUGCGUGAUAAUGCUUCAGAUCUGGAAGGAAAUAUUUACAGCAUGAUGUGGCAUUCUGUAAUUUUGGAUGUUCAGUUGUAAGCUAACUCAUUUUUUCCCCUAUCCUUUUCAUUUAUAAUAAUAGCGAAUAUAAUAAAAAAAAAUUAUUUACCGGGUUAAUUUACAAUAGGGAUGUGCAAGAAAAUGUAUGAAACCAAUAGAUGGAACAAGUAUACCAGUUUUUUUUCCCUCAGAGCUCCUUUACCUUUGGUUGUAUUCGUUGUUAUAUGUCAGCUUGUGUUAUUACCCCUAAAGUCGUGCAUUCGAGGGGUCUUUGAUAAUUGAGUUAAAUAUUUAUUUUUGGUUAAA